AUGUAUAAUUUUGCAUAUGGUGGUGAAGGCUUCCGUGGAAACAGCUACUCUUUUCGACUGACAGAUUCCGUUUUCGUUCUCAAUAUUUCCUUUUCUGUGCCUUUGCCUUUUUAUACAUUUCUUAGACUUUCUCUUUCUUUCUUUCUUUCUCUUUCUUUCUUUCUUUCUUUCUUUUAUUCUUUCUCAAUUACUUUUGAUUUAUUUCUUUUCACCAUUUCAUUUUAUACAUUUUUCUUUCUUUUUCUUUCUUUCUUUCUUUCUUUCUCAAUUGCUUUUUUAUUUUUCUCUUCAUCUUUUCAUUUUAUACAUUUUCUUUCUUUUUUUCUUUUCCUUUCUAUCUUUAUUUUUAUCUUUGUUUCGUUUUUCUUUCUAUCUUUCUUUUUCUUUUUCUUUCUUUCUUAUUUUCCGAAUUGCUUUUUUUUAUUUCUCUUCAUCUUUUCAGUUUAUACAUUUCUUUCUUUCUUUCUUUCUUUCUUUCUUUCUUUCUUUCUUUUUCUUUCUUUCUCAAUUACUUUUUAUUUUUUCUCUUCAUCUUUUCAUUUUAUACAUUUUUCUUUCUUUCUUUUUUUUUUUCUUUCUUUUCUUUUUCUUUUUCUUUCUUACUUUCUUCCUUCCUUUCUUUCUUUCUCAGUUGCUUUUUAUUUAUUUCUCUCCAUCUUUUCAUUUUAUACAUUUUUCUUUCUUUCUUUUUUCCUUUUUAUCUUUCUUUCUAUCUUUCUUUCUAUCUUUCUUUUUCUCUUUCAUUCUUUCUUUCUUAUUUACUUUCUGAAUUGCUUUUUUAUUUAUUUCUCUUCAUCUUUUCAUUUUAUUUUUUUUUCUUUUUUAUUUUUUUUUUCUUUUUUUUUUUUUCUUUUUUUUCUUUCUUCCUUUUUUUUUUUUUCUUUCUUUCUUUCUUUCUUUCUUUCUUUCUUCCUUUCUUCCUUUCUUUCUUUUUCUCUUUCUUUCUCAGUAGCAUUUUUAUUUAUUUCUCUUCAUCUUUUCAUUUUUAUACAUAUUUUCUUUUUCUUUUUUUUUCUUUCUUUGUUUCUUUCUUUCUCGAUAACAUUUUCUUCAUUUCCGUCUCUCUUUUUUUUCUUCAAAAUUUCUUAG